AGACUGAUGAAAAAGCAACAAAAACAAAAGGCGCCGCCACCGAUCAUUGCGUAAAGUUUAGCGUUUUGCCGCUGCUUCGCUUCUGUUGCUUCUGUUGCUGUUUCAUUUUCAGUUUCAGUUUCAGUUGGCCGAUGGUGCGCUUACAAAACGCCGGUUCUCGGCGGACGCGUUCGCUUUCGCGCUCCUUGAAACCCCAUCACCUUCCCCCUCCCCCAUCUACACCCACAUACUCUCAUAUUGGGGGGCGGUAAAAGUGCAACAAGAAAGGAAAGUGCUGCAGGGGGGCGUGGCGGGGUCAGCUGGCAGUUGGCAGCACUCUGGAGCGAACUUUGGCAAUUGGCUGGCGUUAUUUUUGGAUUAAGCAGCGCCAAAUUGUUACAUACGAACGAACAACGACCGACAAUUAACGAUUAACAUUAAGUCCAACUGAAGUAGGGGAAAGUGCUUAGGAUUCUUUUUUUUUUCAAAUCGCCCACUUACCGCCAGCAAAGAAGAACAAACAAAAGAAGACCGAUAAGCGGAAUUCAGUCGAGCAGAAAAUUUUAAAAAAUAUUUUUUAUCAACAAUAUUUUUUUGAAAAAACUUUCGAAGACAACCGAAGAAGUACAAGCACGUACAUACACAGAAGAGAGCUUCCAGGCAAACAAAAGUCAGCCAAGGAGGAACCGAAGUUAAACAUUUGAAAGGAGCAACUUGAGUCCGCAGGAAGAAGCAGUCCAGAAAGGAUACGCACAUACACACACACACAUACAAAAUGGCCGCCCUACAACGGAAGCUGGUGCACAAGCAGUUCAACUCGCCCAUGGGCCUCUAUUCCCAGGAGAACGUGAAGGCCACCUUGAACCGCGAGCUGAAAGCCUUCGGCGGCGAGGGGAUUGAAGUCGACGACCAAAUCUCGAAGCCCCUGAACUUGGCCAACUCGGCCGUUCUGCGCGCCGUCGAAGAGGAAGAACAACAAGCCAAAUCUGAUUUUUACCCCAAUGAAAGGCAGAGCCGCCGGCGUGAGCGUGGCGAGGGGGAUGCACUGCAUCACACGCUGCACCAGCAGCUGCUCAACCAGAUCAAGACGGACUACCUCAGUCAUCAGCAGGACAUCACCAUCGAUCGGGACACGGUGCUGAAGAUCAACCGACUGGCCACCAAGCGACACCUGCUCAAGCGGGAUCACAGUUGGCCCCCCGCGGAGCAGGAUGUGGUGGUGCAGCUCAGCAGUGCUGAGCAGAGUCAUCAGAACGCCGGCCAUCCCUCGCCCAGUAUUGAGGCACUGAGGGAGAAGUUCCAGAGUCCCACCAGGAUCGUCGAGCCCACGGCCAAGCAAGUGCGAGAGCAGCGGCAGAGGAAUGGUGGCUCCAAGGAGCGAUCGCGAACACCCCAAAGGGUGUCCAUGGGACUGGACGAGCUCUACCACCAAACUCCACUCGCGAAGGGCUUCUCCGCCCCGGAGACCAAGGCAGCCGAUGUGGACUUGGGUCUGGUGGCUCCCCGCUGUGAGUACUACGAGCAGUUGGCCCACAAGCGACCCACCACACCCACUUUGCCCACUCCGGCGACGCCCUAUCGGCCCAGGUACAAGAGGCAGGCCUACUCCCUGGAACGCGGACGAUCCCGCAAGCGGACAGUGGGUGCUCCGGAAGAACUGCCGCCACCCAAGCCGCGAACCUCGAAGCCGAAGGUGCAGCGCCGGUGCAUCAAACUGGCCACCGAGGUGAAGAUCUCCUAUGGCCACGACGGCGACAGCGAGGAGGAGCCAGUCUCUGGCCAAGAGUUUGACUUGGAGGCCUUGCCGCUGCCAGCGACACCGUCACCGUCACCAGUUACCCCCAAUCAAGCGAUGACAGCGGGCCAAAGGGUAAUUGACAACCUGGCAGUUAAGCAGCAGCAGCAGAUGGCUCUGGCUUUGGCCACAAACGGGAGCAGUGGACGGUCGCAGCCGCAUUUGGCCACAAACACUCGCAUUGUGCCCGUUCGCGUGGAGGCCUCGACGCUCGAUCCGCUCAAGCUCAAGAGUGCCCAGCAGAUCUACGACGACGCCUGCUCGUAUCUGCAGGAUCACCAGGAGAUGGAGCAGCAGCCGCGUCCGGAGGAGUGUCCCACCUAUGUGAGUGCCACCGGUGGGAUCAAGUUGCUGCAGCGGCAGGCGAGCAGCAGUACACCAACCACUCCGAUUCCACAGCCGCCACCUCUGCCGCCGCCACCACCAGUGAUGCGUUCCAAGUCUGGCCAGGAUUCGCAGGUGAAGGACAAGCAGGCGAGAAGACAGGGUGGCUUUUACAAACUGGAAACGGAAACGGAAAAGGCGAAGGCGAAGGAGAAGGAGAAGCAGCACGAGGCCCAUGUGGAGAUUGCCCAGUUGGAGGCCAAAUAUGCCCACAUACAGCAAUCCAUUGCAGAGCAUCUGCUCCAGAUCGAUGCUUACAUGGAGAAUGCCAAGCAGGCGCUGCAGAGGAGUGCCCAAACCACACCUGUAGCCACUCCCACGCCAGCGCCACCAACUCCUCCACCUCCUCCACCUCCACCUCCACCUCCGCCACCACCACAAACGGCAUUGUCCGCCAUUAGACCCAUUAGUUCGGGCAGCAACGAUUCCUGGGACAUCUUCGCCCAUCGCCAGUCACCCAUUUUGGCCGUGGAGAGUCCAUUGCAGGCCAUACUCCGCCAGAUAUACACUCGGGCAGCGGGUUUGCCCACGCGGCUGUCGAAGGAGAUUCGGGAGGAGACCCCGCCGGAGGAGGAGGAGGCGGAGGAGGCCCUCACCGAAAACGUGCCCAUUGUGGAGCGGGCACUGGAGGAUCUGCACAAGAUUGCAGUGGCCCUGGAGCUAAAACCGGAACCCAUGCACGUAGAGCUUCGGACAACGCCAGCUGUCAUUGAAGCGGAACACGUAGUCAUCAAGGAUGAGGACGAAACCGAGAACGAGAACGAGAACGAUAACGAGGACUUGGAAUACAGACACGUAUCGGAUGUAAUUGCCAACUACGAGCAGUUGGCCAAAAAGGAGUUCGAGGAGUGGAAGGAGGAGCAGGUGGCCAAAGAGGUCCUGGCCAAAACGGAGUUAAGAAAAGCCAUAGAGGAGCAACUGGAAAAAAAAAAAAAUAAAAAGCCCGCACCACAAGAAAAAAAGGUGGUAUCAAAGGAAGAGGAAAAUAAAGUGGUACCUAAACUGGUAAUAAAGGCUAAGAAACAGGAUUCAAGUGGGGAACAACUGGCCAAAAAAGAGUCCAAAAAAGAGUUGGAUGUAAGUGCAAGCAGAACAGAACAGCCCACCGACGAAAAGGAUGCAACCUGCGAUCAUGAAGCCACCUCCUCCAACUACUGCCCCUGCUGUGAUGAGAUGCGCUGCUCGCCGAAUAAUUGGGCCAAACUCAACAAGGCCGACCAGUGGCGCAUUGCCAAUCUGCAGAACGAACCGCUGCGGAACUACAAGGCCACCUAUGAGAUUAGGAGUCCCUAUAUAUCGCGCCAGAUCUCCUGGGAGGAUGCCCAGUCGGUCAGGGAGAAAACCCCACCUGAGAAGCUCCCUCGUCAGCGGAGUUUUGUGGAGAUUGUGACCACGCCGGCUACAGAUUCUCCGUUAGCCUCGCCGCCGCCGCCCGCACCCUCGCAACUGGGACUCCAGCAGCCGGAAACGGAAGUCACCUGGCAGAGAAGUCGUUCGCCCAGUCCGCUGCCCUCCCGCAAGUAUCCGGCUCCACUCAUCGAGGCUCCACAGCGUUCCAGCUCACCGUACGGCCUGAAUCCCGUCCAGACCAAGGCCACCACACCAUCGCCAGUCAAUCUGCCAGCGAAAUUCUCGCAUGUGCCGCAGCUGGAGGGCCACAACAUUGGACUGCUGGUGAAGACCGCCACCGAGCCACUGCAGCAGAGCAUGUCGGCAUCCUCCUCAAUGCUGGCUGCCACGCCCCCGGCCACGCCCCGUUCCGCGGCCCAGCCCUCGCCCUUCGAGUUCCCAUCGCUCGAGUCGGCGGACAAGCACAAGUUCAGAUCCCUGGUCUUCGACGAGGUGCAGCGGGAUUUCAACGUCAAUCGAUCCUUCGACAAUGUAUUGCCACGCCCAUAUCUGGGCAUUGAAGGCUAUAAGCGUGUGGCCUGGCCACCGGCGUCGGAGGAGCGGAUCAUCCGGGAGUUCACCCCCCAGCCGCAGACCCAAAGUCCGGCCCCGGGUUCCGGGGGCUACUAUCCGCAGGCCCACGCCCCCUCACCUGCUGCUGCCCCACCACAGCAGCAGCAGUACGGUGCUCCGUCUUACGAUGGCCAGCAGCAGCAGCAACCUGCAACACCGUGGCAACAGCAGCAACAGCAACCGCAGCAACCUGCAACACCAUGGCAACAGCAGCAGCAACAUCAGCAGGUGCCACAGCAGCAAUAUCAGCCUCAGUCUCAGGCUCAGGCUCCCUAUCAACCACCACAGUGGAACCAACAGCAGCAGCAGCAGCCAUCGUACCAGACUUCACCGUACCAGCAGCAGCAGCAGCAGCAGCAGCAGCAACAGCAGCAGCAGCCAUCCUAUUACCCACAGCAAAACGGUGGCUCGACCUUUGCUCAACCCCCAUACAAUUCUUAUUCGCAGCCCCAGCUGCCCUACUCGCAGGAUCAGACCGAUCUGCUCCAGCAGCAGCAGCAGCAGCAGCAGCAUCCUGGAGCCUUCGCUGGCCAGGAUAACAGCUACCGGGGCGCCAGUCCUGGGAUCAUCACCCUGCGCAAGGAGGCUCCAGUCAGCCAGCAGCCUGCGCCAGUCUACACUUCGCAGCCUGCCGCCGUCAGCUAUCAGGGAGGCAGCAAAUUGCGCGGAGAUUUGAAAUGGCCACCACCGGAGUACAAGGAGGCCGCGGCUCGCGAGAACGAGGAACGUCGCCAGUUGGCGUUGGGCCCCGUCUGCCGUCCCAGGAGAGUUAACCGGGACUACACACCCUUCUUUGCCAAGCACCAGUUGAACAAUGGCUAUCCCAGCUACAAGGUGCCACCCGGCACCCAGCACAUGUUCGGCUAAGCUGGGAAGGAAAUCAACAACAUGCAUACAUAACAACAUAACAACAGCAGAAAUAUCAAAUGGAACCCACUUCAUAAUAAUACUGAAAACGAUCAUGUAUAUGUUACUAAAACGAAUCACUAACGAACCAAACUCUAUAUAUAUAUAGGAUAUAUACAAUUGUUAUACUAAUCUUAAAUGACCACUAACGACGCCAUAUACACAUAUGUUACGAAACGAACCCAUGAUAGGUGAAUGCUACAAUACUACAGCAGGUGUGACUCCAUGGCCAUGAGUCAUCUUCGGUAGUGUCCAAACAAUGGAUGUUUGCUGAUCUCUCGAACAGAAAGCACCCAUUGCGGAUGAUACGGAUGAUGACUCGUCGUGGUUGUGGAACCCUGAUCCAUAUGCCCAAACGGGGCGAUGGACAACGAUAUUCUCUAUGUACCCAUACUAUAUACACAUAUUUGGAGCAUGUGUAUAUAGUAUGGCUAAGAUAGUAGAGCACAACUGAAUGAUAAACCAUAUAGCGUUAGAUUUUAAGAUGAUUGUUAAACAUUGUUAACUAGCAAAUCAAAUGGAUACGAUGCGACCCAAGACGGAAACUGAUAACGAGAUUGAACCUUGUCUUAGAUGUAAGAGCACUACUAAUCUAUUUAUUGUGAGCAUAUUCUAUUUAAUCGCAGAUCCUGCGAGGCGAUCGGCUCGAGGAAUCCGUUCGGAGCCAUCCGCUAAUUGUAAAUUAAGACAUGAUGGCCUCCUGGAGAGCAAUCACACAUCCUUUGGAGCAGCCUUCGCAGGAUUCUCGAUGUUUACUGUUUGAGUUUGCAUGCUUUUUGCUUAUAUCUAUACUAUAUGCACAUAUAUAUAUAUAUAUAUAUAUAUUGCUUUGACAUUGUUAAACUGCAAAUUAUAAAAAAACCGUCAAUGACCCCCGCUAAGUUAGUUAUACAAGAGACGAAACAUAUCUGUGAGUUCCCAAAAAUGCCAUUCAAGGAUAUAAAAAUCAACGAGCUCGUCUGGACCCCCCCCUGAUUAAGCCCCCACCCAUCCGCUCAAGAUCGGCACUUUAGUCGGCCAGCUGACCCCGGGCAAUAAUAUGAGGAUGCCUUUGCCCGUCGGACGUGCAGCCGCGGACUCAGUGCCCAGGUCUUGGCGGAUGGGGCGGGGAUGUGGCCGGGACGAGGUCGAGGACGGGCCAACAACUCUCAGACUUUACCAAUUACUAUGACCAGCAAUGUCAAUACCCAACUACACUACGAUGUAUAACUAAUAUGAAAUGAGAAACUAAAUAAACGGCAAGUUUUGAAUACUCGCGACGAGAAGAA